AUGUGACCUGUAACCCGGUAGUAACCAGCCUUCCUCAACACCUCACUAUAAACAGUCUGAACACUUCACUCACUGUACUAAAGUAACGUUAGUGCACUGUGUUUAACACUGUUAUUUUCAUCUUUACCAGGAUGCUUCCUGCAGCUGCAGUCUUCCAGUUCCCCUGGGAAAUAAACUCUGGAGCAGUGCAGGAAGGAGAGUCAGUAAGAGUAUUUGGCAGACUUGCCUGCUAUGAUCCUGAGGUUUCCGAGGCCACACUGUCAGCUCAGCAUGCUUCAAAAGAGCACCAUGUGGUCAUCCACACCAUGUUUGUGGAGCCCUUUAACCCCAUCAUUGGGGCCCAGUACAUUGUUCUGGGCGAGAUAGAAAAUGCUAAAGGGGUUGGUGUGAUGGUCCGUGCCCGUGUGCUGAACUGUGUUGAUGGUGUUAAUACUGCCCUUCUACAGAAAGCCAUCAAUGAGCAAAGGAGCUUUUUCAGGGAGAGGGACCACAAACAGAGUGAUGCUCCACAACCUGCACACGCAACCUGAUAAGGGUCUUCAUUCAUCAAGUUUCCCAGAGUGCUCGUUGAGUAUCUGGACUAGAGCGCUGCCUCUUAAGCUGUUUGCCAAGAGACACUGUUUGCUGUUGUAUGAACUUUAAGAGUGUUUGUUUAAGUGGAAAAUACAUUACUUUCAUUAUGGUUAACUUGUCUACCUCUCUCACCAACAGUUUUCUGCACUUUAUCAGUCCUCGAGUUUCUGUACUUUAUCAGUCCUCGAGUUUCUGUUUGACAAUUACAGCCCCAAAUUGGAUUGACUUGGGUUUUACAGUUGAUCAGUGUUUUGGGUCCAUGACUUAUGAAUGUAGUGCAUUUUUUUGCCAUUUCUCUCAGUGUUAAGACAUCUGAUAUUAUUAGUUUUUCCGUACUGCCAUUUUAUAUCGUGGUCUUAACAUUCUUUCAUAUUGAUCUUAUAUCUUUCAAAAAUGCUUUAAGAUUUGUUACAAUAGGAAUGUUUUAUAUGGAUCAUGUCAUACAGAUAAAAAACUGAACAUGGAUAUAUUCCACUCACAUCAAAAUAGCAAUGGUUUAGCAUCUUGGUAUAGUCUGGGUUAUUAUUGGGUUAUAUUACAUAGAUCCGGAUUUGCACUGAAGUACCAGUAGCAGAAUGAAUAUCAUUAUAUCCAAAUUAAUUUAAUAAUCUUACAAACAAUAGAAUUCAAAGCAGAAGCCUGUAUCUCAACCACGUUAAGACCAAGUUUUUAUAGGUUUAAGACAAAAAUCAAUAAAGGCAUGUUCUCCUGUAUCUAAACACGUUGUUUAAAUUAGUCAGGCAUGCUCUAAUUAGUGAGCUAUACAGGUCCUGGCUUGUAUGCUAAAGCAGUGGUUCCCAACCUUUUGGCUUGUGGCCCCUAAUGACAGACUAUGGCCACAAAGUUGAUUAGACCUUAAAUGAUUAGUCUUUUAAUUGAUUAGUCCAUCAACAAGGAACAAUUUUGUUAGUUUAUUACUUACUGCUGUAAUUUCUCAAGCAGAAACGUCAUGUAGUUUUUAUUUCUAGCUUUUCCAAUGUGACGAUUUGCUGUUUUUACUUCUUUUCCACAAUAUCAGAUUUUGACUGUUGCUCAGACAAAAUGUAAAGAUUGUAAUUGUAAGAUUGAUUGUAAUGGCCAUUCUUCAUUGUUUUCUGAUAUUUAGACCAUUAUUUAUUUAGACCAUUAUUUAUUUAGACCAGAAACUGCAGAAACCACUGCAGCCUCAGUUUGACACCUUUGGUGGCCCCAACCCCUGUUUUUGGAACCACUGUAUUAAAGGAUGCAUCCUCAAAAUUAAAUCUAGUCUUCAAUGUUUUUGCAACUAGCAUGUUAAUGUGUACUGGGUGGAGUGUUGCCCAUUAUUUGUCCUUUAAUAUCAAUGAGAAACCUUCUUUUUCCUGAUACACUUGUGGUGCAUAAAAGGGGAAAAUGUAAAAGUCACCCAGAUUUUGUGUUUUAACUAGGUUCUUAAAU